AGCUUAAUCAUUUCUACGAGUAGUUAAGAAGCGUUUGUUCACUGUGAACUAGUUUUGUGUUGGUUUCAGGAUUGUUUAUUUAUUCACUAAUUUUUCUACUACUGAAAGAGAUAUGAAGCGAUCUAAAAGUUCCUCCCCAAGAAACAGCUUCACACUGAGACAUUCAAGCUCAACCUGGAGUAUAAUAUCUUCAAAACGCAAAAGAAAAGGGUCGCCACCAUUAACACGACAAGUGUCUUCAUCAGACACUGUUUUGGCAGAUAUCAACAAACUCGAUUCCAAGGGAAGGAGCUUGCUCUUCCUUGCUGCCAGAUGUGACCAGCCGGAAGUCGCCGUCCAGCUUUUGGCGGCAGGAUGUGAUGCCAAUCUAGCUGACAGCGAGGGCAAUACACCACUGCACGAGGCUGCAGAUUGUGGGCAUCUGGAAGUUGUCCAAAUUCUGAUCAAGAAUGGACAGUGUGACUUAGACGCAAGGAACGUUUUUGGCCAGACUCCACUCAUGCGUGCAGUGUUUAAUGAAAAUCUGGAGGUCGUCAAGCUGCUCGUAAAAGCAGGGUCAGACCUUCACGUUUUGGAUCACCUCGGGAAGUCCUCGCUGAUGAUUGGAUUACAGGAGGGGGCAGAGAAAUCAUGCCUCUACCUCAUCAAAGCAGGCAGUGACGUCAAUAUUACCGACCGCGAAGGCCAUUCAGUUCUAUUUUACGCUGUUCAUUCGUCAUACCUUCAUACAUUAGAUGUGGCCAAAAAGCUAACUAAAGCUGGCUGUGAUAUCAUGAAAAAUGCCUCAUGGUUAUUGGAAAGUAAAAGUGAUGAGAACUGUCUUCUACUACAGGAUCCUAAAUUCCACUCUUUGCUUUUAUCUAAAGUUGAACCCAAAGAAAAGCAAAAGAAACAUGACUUGAUUUCUUCUUUAAAAAUUACAUUCCAAGGACGUUCACAUAGAGAACAGAAUAAGGAUACCCGUAGUGCGACAUUGUAGUAUCAUUUUUCACAUCAUUUCACCUCCAAAAACAUGAAAAGAAGGAAAGAAAGAAAAAACAAGUCCGUGCAUGUUUUGAUUUCGAUUUGCAUGGACUUGUUUACUUCAUAGAGUGCUAUUCUAACGAUUUAUGCUUGUGUAAAUUUAAUGAUUUCAUAUAAUAAAAACUUGAAAAGCCUUGAAA